CAUAGAGGUCUGAUCAGUGAAGAAGAUGAGAGUAUUACUCCUCUUAUUUGGCAGUUACCUAUGUCUUCCAUGUAACAGUGCAGUUGGAAAUUCUUGGUCUUUACAAGUUUCCAAAGAUGUUACGGGUGAGGUUGGUAAAAUAGCCUCUCUGCCCUGUCUGUUCAGUCACCCUCACAAGAGCCAUGACAGUGGGUUAACAGUCAUAUGGAGAAUCAAACAUCCUUACAAUGGCACGGUGGUCUUCAAGUGUGUGAGCGACAGCUUCAGGGAACCUUGUAAAACUACCAUCAACUACAUGAACAAGUUCAGUUUGAUUGGGAACCUUCAUAACAACAACAUCUCCAUCAGCAUUAAGAACCUGACGUGGGAGGAUAGUAAUAGAUACUACUGCCGGGUGGAGCUGUCCAGCGAUAGACAUGACAAAUAUGAAACUAAAUCCGGUACUUGGCUGCAUUUAACUGCUGCUCCUAGGAUUGUUAACAUCUCGGUGGCAUUUGAUAAAGCUCUGGGGUACCACGCGGUCUGUACAGCUGAAGGGGAACCAGUACCAUCUUUGUUCUGGACUGACCCUAUAAAUAAUCAUGAAGAUCCGUUUCUUACCAGUCCCAUCUUAAAGCAUCAACGAACCACAGAACUGCACCACCUGAGGCAUGAUGGGAAAUACACGUGUGUGGCAACAAACAGUCAUGGAAAAGUAGAAGGAUCCGUGUACUUCUAUAAAUUUACAGCAGAGGGCAGCAGCAGAAUGGGGUACACUAUAUUAUGUGCUGCACUUGGAGCCAAACUGCUACUGCUGUUCCUGAUGUUUGGGGCAGUCAGCUAUUACAGCAGAGCUGAUGAUACAAAGUCUAUUGCUGACCCUUCACGGAACACACAGGAGUCCACAUAUGAAAAUUACAACCAGAGAUCUCAGUGAUGUCCUUGCGUCAAGAGAAACAAUUUCUAAAGAUCCAGCCUGGACUUAUGCAUACAGUAUAUUGUAUUUGAUAUCAACUUUUCCUUUACUAUAGUUAUCUCAUAUUAUUCAACGCUUCCAAUUUAAUGUAGUUUUCCUCUUGUGUUCUGGGUAAAUAAAAUUUUUACUGAAUGUGUAAACAAAAAAACCCUGCAUUUUAUUAAAAGUUAAAGAGGAUCUGGCACCUCUUCUGACAUGCCUGUUUUAUUAGCUUCAUGCAUUCCCCAUGUAAUAACCAUUCUGGAGCAUCUAUUCUUACGUCUCUAUGUUGUGCCAUUUAGUGUGCUCUACAGAACACCCAAGCACAAAGGAAGUCAAUGGGAGA